AUGCAGAUUAGAUUACCGGUGAGUGGUGUGUCACUACUAAAAGUCAAGGGCGCUUCAGGCUACCGGACUAGUAUGCAGGCUAACUGGAUCAGGCAGGCUCACGGGCUGCAGGCCGAUUGUCGCCGGUCCUGCUUUUUGGAGCCAGAGUUCAGGGUGGAAUCCAACCCCGGACCUCGUGACUGCCCGGAUCGGCCACUAUUGCCUCCGCCUUUAGCAGGAGCCACGAUGGGAAUGAGAUCCCAGCCAGAGCAUCGGUCUGGGGUAGGGACAAAGAGGGAAAAUCACCACGUCGACGGGUCGCUUGGUUUGAGGAAACCAACCAUUAAACCUUCGACGGCUACGCCCGAGUCGGUGGGCUGCCUGGCCUGCCAGCGGCUUACAUAUGUGGGAGGACGUUGGGAGCAGGAAAAGGAAGGUCCGGUUGCGAGCUGGAGCACUCUAGUGUGUCUAUCUCCUGCACUAGUCUCACAACCGGACCGCAGCAUGGAAAACCGAGCCUGCGCCAUUUUGUGGGGGAGGACGAAUGAGAAGGUUCAAGCGGGUAUUUUGCCAAUCGUAUCCGUUCGAUCCGUUGCUGCGGGUGGGACCCCUGAGGUCAUUCCACCGGCUGUAAAGGAGGAAGCAGACGAAUUGCUUGCUGGAGAGACCGAGACGAGAGAGAAAAGUAUGGUACCAAGCAGAUACCUCGUCGUGUUAACAAAUUGUUGGGAAGUCAAAGUCGCUGGGACCGUACAACUCCCGAGGGCGAGAAUGACGGCUAGAUACCCCAGCCAUCCUGCUUCCACGACGGAACAGAGAUGCGCCUAG